AUGGUUUUUAUUAACCACAAAACUGCUUAUUGCACUUUUGCAGCUUUCAGUAUACAAAAUGUAUUCGCGCAGGACGUUAUCGAUAUACAUUUGGAUAAUCUCCUAAAGAUGCAGCAAGGACUGGGUUCGCCACAUUCUCUGCAGGUGGCUACAGGGCACGAGGCACUGAUGAAACUGCGCAGGGAAAUGCCUAAUCCAUACACGUGCACGGUCACUACACCUAUGGGAGUGACUUUCGAUGUCCAGACUCCACCCGACAACAGAUUUGAGAGCUGGAGUGAUAACUGCGGUGUUCGAGUCCGGCACGUGGUGCUGGCCGACGAAGGCCGCUGGAGGCUCACCGCUACCGCCGGGAACGAUUCCAUCUCAGGGUGGAUCGAGGUCUACGUCGAAGAUGACAGAACAUCCUACACUGCACCAACCAUUUCGCUGCAGGACGGCCAAACUCACGCGAACGUUGAGCUUACUACGCUAGACAACUUGUACUGUAUGGUGGCCCAGCCAGCCUCCGAGAGCUCGGUGGUCGCCGGCCAUUGUGAAGUGACGUUAGACCGCAUUACUCGCGCUGUUAAAGGCAACUGGGACGUUUUUCUGGGUCUCCCGGGGAAGAUUAACGAGCUGCAUGUGCAGAGACAGGUCGCUGUUGAAGCGGAGCGACUAGAUGUCGGCUUCAUUCACGACUCGAAUGCUAACAAGGUCCAUUUGUACUGUAAUAUCCUGGUCACCGAGAAGAACAUCAACUUCUGUCGCUUCCAAAGAACUAACGCUGCAUCUGGCUACAACGUUAUGGAUGGGCUGGGUGAUGGCGUACAUAGUUAUUACGGGGAAGGAUUCGAUCAACGUCAAUGCGGUAUGACCAUUGAACAGCCGACAGCUGAAGACUUCAGCACUUGGCGCUGCACGGUGGGCGUACAGGCGUGGGUGGGUGCCUUAAUCGAGCAACAGACCCCUUUGCAGGCUCUCAUCAGCGUCUCAUCGAAUAAUAGAAUCGCACGUCCUCUCGAGGAGACAGAGGUACAGACCGUGUUCACACAAGUGGACAGAGAGUUCACGGUGAUGUGUCGCGCGGAUCGCGCGCUGAGGUACUGCUGGUUCCAGCAUCCUAACGGGACGCAGUACACGCCGCUGCCCCUUGCUGAUGACACCCAAUUGUUUUGGUACACCGGCGAGGACUUUCAAGCGGGCGACUGCGGCAUAACAUUCUCUCACGCCACAGAAGGAGACGCCGGCCUGUGGAUGUGUCACAUGGGGCCCAGCGACCAAGUGGGCGUGGAGGUCACCGACCGGCUCAACGUGAGGGUCACCGGGCCCCUGGCGGCCAACUACCAGCAGAUAGAGACCGUAGUAGGGGAGACGGUCACUGUGUAUUGCCGUACGUCCAACGGCGUCCGACCACUAGACUAUUGUCGGUUUAUGACGCCCAGUUUUGUCGGGCUCAGCGUCGAUGAAACAGUUACGGAAGAGAACGCGAUACUAAAUCGCUUCUACUUCACUCCUGGCCGCGAGCUGAACCUUGGGGACUGCUCGUUGACCAUCAGCUCAGUGCAGUACGAGGACUUAGGAGUUUGGACGUGCGCUGCUGUGGUCAACGGGGAUACUGAAGAAGCGAGGGACACAGUUACUCUCUAUGUUAGCGAUUCAGCGCUCAACGCUCGGGCCCUCUCUCAAGCCAGCAUAGCGGGCAUGACGAUAGGCCUAGCAGCUGUGCUCGCCGCAUUAGGGGGGGUCGUAUGGUACAAACGGCACACCUUGUUCCCCCCCAAGAGGUCCAACAGAUCCACGGACCCGACAGUCGCGUUCAGUCGGCGUACUAUGUCGACCACUAGCAGCGGUGGGUCGUCAAACAGCAGUGUGCUGGAGAAUUUAGAAUUGCCUACAAUAACCUCGCAAAGAACAUAGCGAACGUGUUUACAUA